GCCAAACGUCGAGCGCGUUACCGUUUUGUAUCCAUCUCUGUUCUCGACGGUCUCGCAUCCAGCGCCUCAGGAACAAUUUGAACGGCACUGUACAAUGCUGAAUUGCUCGCGCUGCUCGCACUCUAGACAUUUGCCAUUCCCCGGAUCCGACGCAUUUUUUCUGCACCUGGUCAUGAGCCCCACCGGAGCUAUCUUUUCUUCUUCAUCAUUACGACCUGGACACUAGAUGCAUCUGAUGCCGCCUAAAAAUCAGCGAAGAUCCCACACGAAGUCCAAGAAUGGAUGUAGCCAGUGUAAAGUCCGACGGAUAAAGUGCAAUGAAGUACACCCUCUGUGCAACAAUUGCGAACGUCGACAAAUCUUUUGCGACUUCUCAACCACUCCCGGACCUGAUGCAUCACCAAGCACUGGCGCUGAAUCGAAACCGCCUCUAUUCUGCGUGGGUUCCGAUCGAGAUUCCAAUAAAUCCCCGACCCAGAAACUUGUAGACCCGUUCGCAAGUCCGGAUCUGGUGAGUAGAAAGACGUCUACCGACCUCGAUGUCACCGAUUUACGCUUGAUCCAUCAUUUCACCAGCGUGGUUGCUCUUGACCUGGCCAGCGGAGACACGCCCGAAGCGAUAGCAUUGUGGCAGGUUCAUGCUGUCAAGCUGGGCUUCAAGCACCACUUCCUCCUCCGAGGCAUUUUGGCCGCGUCAGCUUUUCAUCUUGGGUAUCUAUACCCUGAGAGAAGGGCCGAGUAUGUGUUGAUUGGGUCUGCGCAUCAAAGCAUCGCACUGGAGGAGUUUCAAACCACUCUGGGUCACGUUAGCGAAAGCAACUGCCACGCUCUCUUCGCCUUUUCAUGCCUGAUCAUCGUUUUGGCUUUCGCGUCCAGCUCCAAAGACAAAGCUCGAGAUCUCAACACAGAUGUGCUGUCUUGGUUUUAUUUGCUCAGAGGCGCCCAUAUUGUGCUUAAUAUGCAUGGGGAAACCAUUCGAUGCAGUUUCCUCAAACCGCUGUUAGACGAACUCGCCCACCUCGAGAACACAGAAGCUCACAAGUAUCCUUAUACCGAAGAGUUCACCAAAUUAUUUCGGAUAUGCAACUCGACCGAUCACGACAAAGAAUCAGCACAGGCAUAUGACCUGGCAAUCCACGCCCUUCUCAGCGCAUUUAUUCAGGUGUCCCUACUGAGGGAGCGAGGUCAGGGCACAGUUCUCGCAUCCUUUGUCUGGCCUUUGGGUCUCUCGCCUAAAUUCCUGGAACUUUUAGGCGAGAAGCAACCUGAGGCUAUCAUCAUUCUCGCACACUAUUGUGUGCUCAUUUACUGGUCGGAAGAACAAAACGGACAGGCAACCUGGUUUAUCGAUGGGUGGGCCAACUACAUGCUGGAAACCAUCAAGGAGACGGUUUCGGGUGAAUGGCUCAAACACUUGCAGUGGCCACAUGCGAUGAUCAAAAGUGGAAAACCCAUGUGAUGUGUUUGCCUUGGUCAGUACCUAAACCUGCAUACUAUGACUUCUGGCGUUUGUCUGGCGUGUCUCACGGCGGCAUCACGAUUGGGGAGAUCGGCCUUACGACCGUCUCUGUGGGAUGAUGUGAUGAUUUUUGAGAGCUCGGCGAUAGAACGCAUGACUUGGAUUGGCACCCAACUCUUGCGCUCCCGACUGCUCAAGAUGUACUAUAGGCAUUUUGCGAGAUUCCCUUGUGGAACACCUGACGCGAUUGUGUUUCCAGCGGGGUCUCCAGUUGUAAUGAUAUCAAGAAUUAUCAAGGAACAGUCCAGAGCCUCUACGGAAGCCACAUUGCAUCAUUCAAUAUGAGGCUGGGAUGUCAUGCUGUAAAAAUAGGUCUGUCGGUGGCCACCGAAGCGACAUACCUGAACCAUCCGGCAAUGGGCGUUAUUGUGGCUUGAACGAUGAUGUCGACAUUCAUUCAAAAGAACACACUGGUCAUAUGCACCACACCUGAAAAGACACCUGACCCAUCCGCGUCAUGAUGAAGAGACGAUUGGGAGGGCUGGGACCUG